CUUACCAGUAGUAGUACAUUUGUACACUGAUUGUGAAAAUUCCACGCCGCAGAUGUUUUGUUUACUCGCCAGCGGCACUGACCACUGCAGACUGCGCCCUCCUUCCCCCUGCCCGUAUCAUUGCAGCAGAAGUAGCUGUAGUUACGCACGGGAAAAUAUGGUUUUCGCUCAUUAUUCUUUUCUUCUUCUUCUGAUUUUUCGGUCGCUUAGCAUUUUAGCUUUUGUUCUAGCAUCAGAUUGUUAUGAUGUGCGUAUGCGAGAGUUGCAGGUGGGAGGGAGUGUAAAAAAUGUGUUGUAAAAAGCCUGCAACCCCAUGAUACGCGCAUCUACCGCAAUCACAGUUAGUCGCUGCAUUCGCUAAGUUCUGGUGUGUGAUCGCGGUCGUUCGCUAGGCGUUUAUAAGCUUUGUUGUGCUGUGUACUCCUGAACUUGAAACAAUUCAUUAGAAUAUAACAAGGAAAAAAGAUGGUAUUUUCACUAAUUCAUAUUAAUUACGGUGAUUAAAAUGCAACGAUAUUUUAAAAAUGCAAAUGAAAAUCAAGAAAUGCUUACAUAUGUGUGUGAAAGCGUACGAAAAAUACUGAAAUCAGGAAUGUGUGACGAAAAGUGUGUAAAUUUGAAAUUGAGUUAAAUGGUGUGACAGAACUCGUUGGUAAUAAAUUAGAUAAAGAUGACAUUAAAAAAACAACAGCAAAGGUUUCAUAUGAUUAAGAGUUCCUUGAACUCAUAAAAAAAUCAAACAACCUCAAAAAUUGAAGUGUACAUUUUAUUAAAUUCUGUCAGCAUCGAUUGGAAAUAAUGAAGUAAAAUAUCAAAAUAAACAAAAAAAGUUCUCCGUGUAGCGCUCGCGAACCUUUUUUUUCGUUAAUUGAUACGAGCAAAAGCCACCGCGCAGCAACUGUCGAGUAUUUCGUGGCGCAGCACAACAACUUUUGUAUUGCGAUAACAAAAUUGAAAACGCAUCUGUAGGCAGGCAAUUUUCCCAGCUUAAAAUACGUUUACAAGUGCACAGUGCAAAUUGAGUCCGAAGUGAAGCGAACAAAAGAGUUGGAACGGGAUAGAUUUUCUCAACCUCGCUUCCCGUUGGAGUGAAUGCAAAACGCUGUACCGGUCUCACCAAAAAUGUUGGAACUGGAUAAAAUCUUGGAGAAAUGUGGUGAUUGUCAUCGUUUGCAGGCGCUCAUGUUGUUGCUCUUCUGCAUCAUCAAUUUGCUAUCGGCGCUUCAUUACUACUCACAAACGAUCAUAAGUUUCGUGCCGAAAUAUUGGUGUACCGAUGGUUAUGCGAAUCCUAUGGAUGCUUAUGCGGAAGCCAGUAAACAGGCGGGUUCUUCAUGUCUUCCCCAUCGAUUUGCAGCUGCUGAUGAUGCAGCACAUGCCAACGUCUCAACAGAUUUUUUAGAAGCAUGUCAGCAAUUUGAUUUUGAGUUAUAUAUGGGUUAUCAGAGCUUUACAAGUGAGCUGAAUUGGAUUUGUGAUCGCGCUUGGCAGGCAACGCUGGGACAAUCGAUGUUUUUCGUAGGCUCGGUGGUGGGUAGCUUGCUUUUUGGUUUUCUAGCGGACAGUUUGGGACGUCUUCCUAUUUUGAUUGCUGCAAAUGUGGUGGCUAUGAUUGGUAAUACUCUGACAAUUUUUGGCACGACGUUACCUACAUUUUCACUAUUUCGCUUCGUUUCCGGCAUGGCGACGGACAGCAACUUCGUCAUGAUGUAUAUUUUAGUAAUGGAGUACUUGCGUCCCUCGCUGCGCACCGUCGGUCUCAGCAUCUGCAUCGGUUUAUUUUACUGUCUCGGCUCAAUGGCUGCGCCAUGGAUUGCUGUACUGUUGCAGACCUGGCGAGGCUUCCUACUUGCCACCUCGGCACCCUUCGCUAUUGUGCCGCUCUUCUACUUCAUUGUGCCCGAGAGCGUACAAUGGCUGAUCUCCAAGCAAAAAUACGACAAAGCUGUAAAAUGCUUAAAACGUGUAGCAAAGAUCAAUGGACGCGUGGUUGAAGAAUCUGUCUACACGGAAUUCAUAGAUGAAUGCAAACACAGUCAAGUACAUACGAAAUCUAGUCCAAAUCUCUUUGGGCUAUUUGCAACGCCACGCUUACGACGCAACACGCUCAUUUUGUUCUUUAAAUCCAUGGUCAUCACUUUGUGUUACGAUGCGGUGUCGCGCAAUGUCCAAGGUCUCGGUAUAUCGCCAUUUGUCAUGUUCACAUUGAGCGCUACGGCCAUAUUGCCGGCCUGUAUACUGUUGAUCGUGUUGCAAGAUCGUAUCGGUCGUAAAGCGAUGGCUUCCAUGUCAUUACUGUUAAGUGGCAUUUUUAUAUCGGUCACUGGAGCGAUACUCUUCUGUACGGAGCGUAGUAGGGGCGAUAAAGAUGUAAUACUGGUUGUGAUUCUGUCGGUUAUAGGACGCUUCGGCGUCACAGUCGCCUACAAUUCUGGUGCUCAAUAUGCCACAGAGCUGAUACCGACUUGUGUGCGCGGCCAAGGCGUGUCAGUGGUGCAUGUCAUGGGCUAUGCUUUUACAUUCUUCAGCUCGUACAUAUUGUACACGCGCUCCUUCUUUCAACCCAUGCCGGAAAUUAUAUUGGGUAUACUUUCACUUUUGGGCGCCGGAUUGUGUCUGCUGUUGCCUGAGACACUGAAUAGAACUCUACCCACUUCGCUGGAAGAUGGCGAAAAUUUUGGAAAAAACGAACGUUGGUACAAUUUCAGUUUCCUGGAGAAACGCACACAAUCGGUUGAUGUUCUGGCCACGAAUACCGGUUCACAAACUAUACGCGAUAAUACGGCAGGUUAUUUUUAGGAUAGAUAAAUAUUUUUUAAUUAGUUUUUUAAGUGUUAAAUAAACAAUAAGUGUUAGUGAAAUUCAUUAGUAAAUUGACAUUGACAUUGACGAUUGAGUUUUUUGCACCAAGAAGGUGAAUAGAAGAAUAUAAAAGUCUGUAAUUUGUGGGUUCAUUCGUAAUUUAAUUAAGCUCCCACUGGGCGGAUUUUUAUGGGGAU